AGCAAACUCAACAGCUUCAUUCGUGCUAUCGCUGCAGAAUUCGAAUGGUCCUGGAUUACUUUGGCUAUUGGCUAAGUAGAAUUAGUGUGUAGUGUGUAGUGCAAGCCGCGGGCUACUGAAAUUUGGUAAAAUCCACCGGAAACGCCCCCGAUUUGGGCCGGAUCGGGGCGUUUUUCUCCGGUCAACUUAUCGCUGGAGGAUCGUCUUUUUUUUUUUUUGUUGGAAAUGUCGUCCGUCUUGUUGAAAAAUUUUACUGCGCGAGUGUGUCUGCCUGCAGUAUUCGGAAGUGUGCGUGAGCGGACCACCACUGUGAGUGUGUGUGAGUGCGAAACGAAGGCGUACGGAUAGGGAAAAUGUGGAGUGGUGUUUGCGAUUUUUUUUUUCGAUUCAGUUUCUCUUGGUAGCAGCAAGUAGACAGAGCAAGCUGUGUGCGGUUGUGGGGGUGGCCCGCUGCCUGGAAGGGAAGCCGAACGAGAUUCAAUUAAAGCAUCAUUUGAUAAUGGAUGACACUUUUUUUUCCAUUUCGGUGUGUUCGUGAUUCGUGUGUCGUGCGAGACAGGUUUUUUUUUCGGACUAAUGGUUGCAGAAUGAAAUCACAAAUUAGUGCGAUCGGACGGAACAGUUAUUCACGGGAGAAGAAAAGACCCGAGCACGGCUGCCCUUUAACAAAGUUCCAAUUAGAAUGUAUAUCCCGUUCGAUGAAACAAACACACCUAGCUAUAAUGAAAUUACGAGAAAAAAUACAUUUUAAGAUUUAAACUUUAGAAAAAGUUUUACAAAAUCAUAAACCUCGCAUUAUUUAUAAAUUAAUUUUAACUAUAAUUAAAUUUUAAAAACAAAAUUAUUAUAUAUUAAAUUAAUUAAACAAAACAAACAAUUGUAAACUAACUCGCAAAAACACAAACAUUAAAAAAAAAAUCAAACACAUAAAUACACACACACACAAUGGCUUCUCGAAAGAACGCAAAAUUCUCCACCAAAAUCCAGUUCUAUCUGAAACACAGGGAAUCGCGGAUACUGAAGCUAUGCAACGACACAAUCAGCCCGGUACCGAACGAUUCGCUCACACGAGCCAUCUUCAAGCUGCUGUCGAAGCCGGUGGACAACAGGCGGAUCAUUCAGCUUCUUGCCGACAAGAAACGCUCCUCCACCAAAUCGACUGCCUCGCACAGCACCGUGAAGACGCCCCAGAUGACGGCGACGACAGCGACACCAACGACAGGAUCCACAGUCACAGCAGCACUCACAGCGGCCAUCGCAGCAACGACGGCUACCUCGUCCGCUGCCACCACACCUGCCACUGCCCUGUCGCUGUCGCUGCCCGACUAUCAGAAAGAUGUGGAACGGUUUCGUGGACGCAUCAUCUGCCAGGACAACACGUGCAUCAUCGAUCCGGCGGCCUCUCCUAAGAACGACAACAAUUCGAAUCCUCGCACUCAUUCCUUUCGAAUUGUCUCGUUCAGCAAGGAGACCUCCGGACCCAGCAAAUCAGACAGUUCCUCGUCGCCACUUGGCGGUAGCGACGGUGGGCGAGAUUCGGUCGGCGAAGAGCAGGCCCAGAAUCUCAGCUCAUCGACGCCGUCUGCCGCAUCGACACAAGUUAGCCUCAAGGCAAUUCUGAUGUGCUUCAGCUGCAAACUCAGCUUCGGCACGUGCCGAUCGUUCAUCGCCCACGCCAAAAUGGAACACAGUCUCACACUGAACGACUACGAGCGGAUGCUGCUGGAGAAGAACUACAGCAGCGCCAUCAUCCAGACCAACACGGAGAGGCAGUUUUACUUCUUGGUUCCUUUCGAAGAGAAAUCUUCAGCCAAUAGCAACAACAACAACAACAACAGCAUUAACAGUAGCACUAGCAUUAAGUCGACGUUGAUGGAUAGUGAGGAGAGACUGAGAAGUGGGAGCGCUAUCAGCAGCAACGGCGGAAGUCAACAAUCGUCACCACAGCAACAGCAACAACAGCAGUCACAACAACAACAAGCGGUGCAAUUGCAACAGCAGCAGCAGCAACAACAACAACAACAGCCGCCGCCGCCGCAGCACACGCCGAUACAAACGCCGGACAAAAGCCCCGGUUCCAUCAGUUUCGAAGGUGGCUUCCCGAAACUCACCCCCAGCAAUAUGUUCUACGACACGGACACCAAGCUGCAGGCGAGUUGGAAGCUAGCCGCCGAAAAGUACAGCAACGCCAUGAACGAAAGCGUAGCGGUGGCAGCAGCCGCCGCAGCCGCGGCCGCGGUACAAGAAGAAAAGAACGCAGCCAGCGGGAAACUGUUGACGGAUUUCCUAGCCCAGCAAAAGAUGCUGUCGGCUGCGGAGAAUCUGUACAGCAAGCAGAACAAGUUCCUGGAGUUGAUGAGUACGAAUCCACUGGCUGCGGCGGCAGCCAAAGCCGCAGCCACCGGACCGAGCGUUGAUGGAACUAGCGAUUUUCACCUGGCCAAAAAGUACAAUGCAAUGGAUCUUUACAAACAGUUGAUGGCUGCAAACAACUUCCGACCGGAUGGGCUGGAAGCGCUCAAAGAAGAACUGAAACCGGAACAUCAGAUAAGCGUUAAGAAACUGGAGACUGAUCCGGGGGCUGCGUUCCGCAGUAAUUCCUUUGCGCCAAAUAUUUCCACGAGGAAUUCCUGCAAAACGCUCAAAUGUCCCCAGUGUAACUGGCACUACAAGUAUCAGGAAACGCUGGAGAUUCACAUGCGGGAAAAACACCCGGACGGGGAAACAGCCUGCAGUUACUGCCUGGCCGGUCAGCAGCAUCCCCGUCUGGCUAGGGGUGAAUCCUACACCUGCGGCUACAAACCGUACCGUUGCGACAUUUGUAACUAUUCCACCACCACGAAGGGUAACCUGUCUAUUCACAUGCAAAGCGACAAGCAUCUGAAUAACAUGCAAGAUCUGAACGGUAUGAUGAACAAAGGUAAUCAGAACUUCCUAAAUCUUGCAACCCUUCAGACGAACGAGAAGGUUAACACGUCUCGCAACCAAUACAUGCCAGCCACCUCGCCGUUGUCCCUGUCCACAAAGCUCACCCCGCAGCAGGUCGUCAAAGAAACGCAGCACAGCAACUACGAACCCAACCGACCCAAGUCCUUCUUCAAGUGUGACAUCUGCAACUACGAUACCAAUAUAGCUAGGAAUCUCAGAAUUCACAUGACUAGCGAGAAACAUAUCAGCAAUCUGAAUUCUCUGCAGUCUAGCUACAGUCAGCUGAAGAACCUCCAGACGAUAUCAUCGCCGGAUGGAAUCGACUACCUGAGCGCCCUGAACCUGAAUGCCCUCAAGGAGGACAACCCUUUGAAUCGCGUUGAAGACUACACCAACAACUCCCUCAAAUCGUUGUCCAUCCCGUCGUCCCCGUUUGCUCCCAUCGAUCCCACCCCCGUCAGCACCGCCAACAGUACCCCCACUCCGGAAUGCCUCUUCCUCAACAACCCCUCGCCCUUCUCCGGUGGCAGUGAGACCGAACGCAGCGCCAUGGACUUCCAACAACAGCUAGACGAAGACAAGAACCCGCUCCACUUCGAACCUCCGAUCAGAAUCACACUGGACCCAUCGACUUACUACACCUGUCUGAUCUGCUCGGACUUCGACACCAACAAUCUGGAAGAGCUGAAGAAGCACGUGAUCAAGGAUCGCCUAACCUCAAACAUCGCAAUGGAUAGUAUAGUGAUCGCAGCGGUCAGCUGCGAAUGUCUCCUGUGCGGCUUCCGUUCGCCGACGGCGGACAAACACGAUCUCGAACGCCACCUCAAAACGGAAGCCCACCUGAAGCGACUUGAUCUGAUGAUUCAUCUGCUCGAGGGACGGGACAAGGCCAUCGGUAAGCUGAAACAAUUCUGCGGACCGGAGCUGUUCAAGAAACUCUCGCUAAUCUUCCCACUGCCGGAGGAAUCGAAAUUUCCGUACGAAGAAAUGCCAAGCAUUGGUGAAAUUUCGCGUUCUCCCCUGUCGCUACUGCUGGAACCGAAGACGGAACUGAUCGAGCGGGAGUUCAACGGCGACUGCGAGGGAAGCCAACCACAUCCGGACAACGUGCAGAUCAAGUGCAACUGCUGCAACUAUUAUACGACCUCGCUGGAGAAGAUCGGCAUCCACAGCCUGUCGGAGAAGCACAUUUUCCGGCGGAUCUGUUUCGACUACCUGCUGCUCAUCUCCAGCGAGAAGAACGCUUCCGGCGGUGGCGGUUCGCUCAGUCCGUUGAACCUGCAGCAGAGCAUGAAAGGUGAAGAUGGUCGUCCGGGAAGUGCUGUGGCCAUGUUGCUCCGUGGCGGGCAGCUGAUGCUGACCUGCGUGCCGUGCGGUUACAAGACCGAUCACAUCUACUACAUGAUUCACCAUCUGAAGAAGUCGUGCAAGGUGGAGCAGAACAUCAACCUGCUCGGGCUGCGCAACAUCUUCAAGUUGACCCCGAAGGGCGCCGACUCCCAGGAUGCAAUGGACUCGGCCUCGGCGGCCACCGGGGACAACAACGGCAACACGGUCAACGCUCUGUGCAGCAUCCUUCAGGAGAAGAAACCUUGGAACGGCGAAAACUGCAACGGCAAAGGCAGCACGGGUGGCAGCGGCGGCUCUGCCGGUAGCAAUGGAAACGGCAGCAGCUCGUCCGAAUCAUCCGAAGGAACGUGCAAGGACCGGUGUCUGGUGUGCAGUGUGUGCAACAAUUUCUCCUCCAAGAAGAUCAACGUCAUGCAGCAUCUGCUGCAGAAUCACAACGUGGGCAACGAGCUGCUAGCGCAAGAUUUCCCCAACAUGAAUGUGCCAUCCGCGAUGCAGAAGAAACCGUUCGACUACUUGCGCACGUUGACCGAGGCAAGGAGUGCCCAGAACUUGCGGUUGAUCGAGAAGGUCACCUUUAUGAACGAUACCUUUGGCAUGAAGGAGAACUGCAACGAUCUAAAGCAUGGCAAUUUGGCGGAAAUUCUGGAAAAUUUCAUGGGGGGAAAGGAUGGAGAUGGGGAGAAGGUAGAGAAGAACCCGAUCCAGACGGUUUCGUGUCCGCUGUGUCCGGAGACGUUCCUGGAUCAGGUUAACGUGGAAACGCACGUGAUUCGAGUUCACAACAUCAAGAUGGAAGGCUUGAACCGACUGCUGAAGCUGGUUGAUACCUCGCAAUUUCUCAAAACCACUAAACAACAACAGCAGCAACAACAACAACAGCAGCAGCAACUCGGCAGUCCGGACAAGUCACCGAAGAAGGAAACCUCGCCCUCGCCCGAGAUCAAAUGUUCCUUCUGUAAGGUCUGCUUCGAUUCGAUGGUAGACCUGAAGAUUCACUGCAACGAAAGCAAUCAUUUUAAGCGGAAUGCCGAAUCGGAGGAUCUCGCUUGCUUCCUGAACGACUGCAAGGACGCAUUCGACAAUCUGUCCGAUCUGCAUCAGCAUUUUAAGGCAAACCAUCUGAACUUUUUGAUCUCGGAGAACCACACCUACAAGUAUCGCUGCAAGUUGUGUCCGUUUGCAUUCAAGACGCACGAGAAGUUGAACCGACAUCUGUUCUACCACUCGCUGCGGGAGUCAACGAAGUGCUUCUACUGCGAUGCCCACUUCAAGAACAUCAACUCGUUGACCAGUCACGUUGCGGAGAAACACCCGCAGGAGUCUGCUGCACAGAAGGGCGCCGAUGGGCAGCAGGAGUCGGCAUCGAUCUUGUUCUUCAAGGAUCUGAAGAGGAAGAUGAUGAACCACAAGAAUGGGAUGAGUCCAAAGUCGGAUCGUAGUCAAACGCGGGAUAGUGCGGAUGAAGAUCGACUCAGUGAGAAAUCAAUGAGUAGCAAGAGUAGCUUGUACUACGAGAAGAGUUUGGACGGGUCGGAUGGGGGAGGCGCUGGGGUGGGGGUCAAGUUUUCCUGCAACGAUUGUCGGUUCAGUUUUACGGAUGCUCCGGCUCUCGAGCGGCAUGUGACUACGGUGUUCCAUAUGCCGAAUGAAAAGGACAAAUCCUCGGCGGAAGGCCUGGCAGGAAUGGUCAACAAGCAGCAGUUGUUCUACGAUAUCAAAUCGGAAAAGUUUACCAAUCCGAACAGGCCGUUCAAGUGUACGAUCUGCAUGGAAAGUUUCACGCAGAAGAACAUUCUGCUAGUGCACUACAACAGUGUGUCGCAUUUGAACAAGCUGAAGAAGUUCAAGUCGGAGAAGCAACAGCAGUUUCCAUUUGCGGUUGGUGGAGAAGUGGGCGGCGAUGGGUGUGAGCAUGGUGUAGGAGGCAAGGACUCAUCGACGGCGGGACAGCAACCGGACUUUAAGGCUUUCGGCUUGCCAAUGUUUGGCGAAGUGGGAGAGAAGCGGAAGGAUAUCGAAGAGAAGGAAACGGCCCGGAAGAAGUUCAAAUGCGACAUCUGCAACGUGGCGUACACACAGGGAAGCACGUUGGACAUUCACAUGCGGAGCGUGCUGCAUCAGACCAGGGCUUGCCGGUUGCAGGAGAGGAACAUGUUCGGUCAGCUGCAGGGCAACGACAAGAAGAAGCCCGACUUUCCACUCAUCCAGACCAUUCCGGAAAGUCACGAGUCACCAAACUUCAUCGACGACACACCCCUGCGCAAGAUCAAGUCUCCGGCUGAACAGCAGCGGCAGCAGCAGCAACAACAACAGCAGCAACAACAACAACAACAACAACAACAGCAGCAGGAACCACCGCAACCUCCGCUAAUGCCUCAGCAACCUCCUUUGCUGAAUCCCAUGAUCGGAGCGUUCGGACUGGGAGCAGCUGCUGCCGCUGGACUUGAUAAACCGGAAAUCGCUCUCUGCGAAUGCUGUUUCCAGGUAUUCCCGAACAAGGCAACCUUGGAAACCCACCUGGACCUAAGCCCCGAAUGCUCCGCUAUUAAGAAAAAGAUCAUGGAAAGCAACGCCCCGCCAGAGAACAACUUCAACGAAAACUUCCAACAGCAAGCCCUAAACGAACUCGCCAAGGUAAACAACUCGCUUCCAGGAUUCGACCUAACACCGGAAGUCCUCCUCGGAAAAACUCCCUUCCCGCUAGAUCCAUCCGCCAAUCUUAUGGAUCCGAACUUUUUGAAAAACGCCUCGCUACUACAGUUUGCGACCGAUCCGAACAACAAGCUCGGUCCGAACGCCCUAAACGUACUGAACUUUAUGCACUUCCACCACCUGAUGUCCCUUAGCUACUUGAACCUCGCACCGCAGCUGAACUUUGGAGGAGCUCCACAGAAAGGUCCAGACAUCAACUCCAAAACCGAUCUCGAAAAGAUCAUCCCAGUGGACAAGACCAAGCUGUCACAAAUGCAUCAAAAUCUCAACGGCAAAUCUACCCUCGAAAUGAGCCUCAUGCAACACAACCUGGAAAACAAACUCCCUCCGCAACCUCCGCAGCAGCAACCAUGCACCCAGAAGCGUGCCAGAACUCGCAUCACCGACGAUCAGCUCCGCAUUCUACGCUCGCACUUCGACAUCAACAACUCGCCCAGCGAAGAAAGCAUCCAGGAAAUGUCCCUCAAAGCCAACCUUCCGCCCAAGGUCGUCAAACAUUGGUUCCGGAACACCCUCUUCAAGGAACGCCAACGCUCCAAGGACAGCCCGUACAACUUCAGCAUCCCCCCUUCCACCAAACUCAACGUCGAAGAAUAUGAACGCACCGGCGAGACCAAGGUAACCGAUCUCCAGUCCAACGACUCCCAGGACACCUCGCAACACUCCACCGAUACGAAAAUUAACGAGAUCAAGCAGAGUUUCUCCAAGUCCUUGAUAGAAUCCUUGUCCAAGCACCAGGCCAGUCAGGAGAUGGGAAACCUUCAGCUAAGCAAAAACCUUUUUCCGGACAACUUUGGCGCCCCGGAUUUUCAAACCCAGCACGAGCAGGUCAACGCCCAACUUCAAGCCAACGUAGCCAGUUUUUUCUCGCAGCAGCAAACUCAGCCGGAUAUUACGCCCAGCAAAAAGAAGAAAAUCAAAUCCGAAUCCUCGAAUGCAUCCCCCAUCCCAGCGGACCUGCAGAUCGAUUCCACCAACUCCAGUCCCCUUCCGAUGCGUCCUCCCAGCGCCAUCUCCCUCAAGAAGCACAUGUCCGAUCCCCGCCCGCAGCUCGUCGGAACGCCCGUCAUGAUGGAGGAAAUGAAGAUCCCAAGUCCCAUCGAUAGCCCCGUCAUCUCCCCGCCCAGUUCAAUCGCCGGUGGAAUGCUUUCGCAGCAACAAAUGGCCCAGAAUCAGGCAAUCACCUGUUCGAACGGGAAGCGUGCCAACCGAACCCGGUUCACCGACUACCAGAUCAAGGUGCUGCAGGAGUUCUUCGAGAACAAUUCCUACCCCAAGGACAGUGACCUGGAGUACCUUAGCAAGCUGCUGAUGCUCUCGCCGAGGGUCAUUGUCGUGUGGUUCCAGAACGCCCGCCAGAAGCAGCGUAAGAUCUACGAGAACCAGCCGAACCCGACCUUCGAAACGGACGACAAGAAGGGCAUCAACAUCAACUACACCUGCAAGAAGUGCAACCUGGUGUUCCAGCGGUACUAUGAACUGAUCCGCCACCAGAAGAAUCACUGCUUCAAGGAGGAGAGCAACAAACGGUCGGCCAAGGCACAGCUGGCAGCGGCCCAAAUCGCCCACUCGUUCACCAGCGGCAGCGAGGAUUCCGACUCCAGCAUGGACGUGAGCCGCCGGGACUUCCAACCGCGGGAAAACGACUUCCCCCUCUAGGGGUCGGCCGACGCUCGGCUAGAGUGUUCCAACUUCUUCGGGAACUUUGGCUAGAGUAGAACAGCAAGCAGAAUUUUUCCUGCAUCCCAGUGAUUCCACAAACGUCUUCUGUUUACCUGUACUGUAUCGUGUGCCGCCAGUUAAAACCUAUACCUUUAGUUGUCUGAAUCCCUCAGGACUUAAUUUUAAAAACCACUUCCAGUGAUUUCGUACAUUCCCAUUUCUUUUCUAAUUUUUAUUUUAUUUCGUUUGUCAUUAGUUAGUAGCGCUGGCGCGAAUUUUUCCUUUUCGAUUUUCAAAAUUUUCCAUUUGUUUUGCCAACAUCUCCUAAAAUAAUUCGACAUUCCAACCGUAACUAGAUUCGUUUAUGUUUGACUUUCCAAAACAAAAAUCUAAACUAUUUUUAUAUACACUUUAUUGUGAGAGAGAGAGAGAGAGCGAAGAAAAACGUAACGAAAACAAUUCCCCGCAUCAAAUGUAAUGUGAAAGUUCCUAAAAGUAAAGCAAGCAAGUAAAGCAAACAAGAUGAAAGAGAAUGAAGUAGUAAAAUGCGAAACGAAAGCAUUGUUUGUAACUCAUUUGCCAUAAUUGAAAUGAAUUGAAUGAAAGAGCGUCGAGAAGAACAGCAAACAUACAAAACCAACAAAAAACAAGAACUGCUAAACGAUUAAACAAACAAACAAAACAAACAAAAAGACAUAUAGAUAAUUAUAUUGUUUUGUCAUUUUUAUUAUUGAAAAAUUUUAUUGAAAAGCAAAGCAGGCGAAUAAAUCCAAGCAACAUCAUGGAGAUUGUUAUAAAAAAAACCUAAAACAAAACAAAAA